UGUUUGUGAUUUUUGCCAUUCGAAGUGGCGCUGCGCUCCGGAAACAAUACUGCUGGAUAUUGGUGUCAAUGUGCGAAUUCCUGAGAACAUUACUGGCUUUCCCCGUUCAUCUUGUGAAGGAUUCAUCGUGGAAUAUAAUAUCGUGCCAAGCUUCGAAAAGGCAACUUCGUGCGAAAGGAUCUGCUGGAUUUUUUUUUUUUGCGCUGCCUCGACAAACCGGAGGGGAGAAUUCAAAAAUGGCAACACUCACUCCAACCUUUUAGAGGACUAGGAAACAGGCAGUCCGGAGCUUCAGCUAUGUCAACAUAAAAAUAUUGCAUUCCACAUUCCUUUGCCGCGCUCUACAAACUAAACUGGUUCGGCCGGGAAAGCAAAAAUGUAAAAUAAUGCAAAAACAGUCAAGAUGACGAUAAAACUUCACGAGUGCAAACAUAAACAUCAUCAUAAACAUCAUCGCGGCAGUGACGGAAGCGGUCGUAGAACUAAUUCCAUUCGCGACAAAGUGAAUAACGUUUCCGGCGAAGUGUUGAACGUGGCACCGGAAGAUGUCGGGAAUAGUGCAAAUUGUCGAAAUGGCGAGUUAGCAGAAUGUGACUAUUCUCGAGUUCAAAGCGAUGACACUGAUGAAUGUCAGUCGGGUUCGCCCGGCUACCGCCAGAAUGUGAACUCGUACUGCUCAGUGGAAACGGUCGGGGCAGACCACCACCGUAGCGCCACAAACGUGGACAAUGACCAUCAUCAUCGGGAUCGGUCACAGCUUCAGCAAUGGUACAAUCUCGACCAGUACGACAACAUCCGAUCUAGCCAUCCGAAUAGUUUUAGUUUUAAUUUUUUCAAUCACACAUUUCUGCGGAAUAUAUCCGUACUGUAUAUAGCGUUAGUGUUAGUAGUAACAAAUGCGGUGGCAGCAUUCGAGCCCGAUUUUGUAUACCCACUGGAAAACGUUACGAUAGCAAAAGGACGUGACGCGACGUUCACGUGUGUCGUGAACAACCUCGGUGGUUAUAGGGUGAGUGGGGAUUCGGCUCCUGCUAGGGUUGCAUGGAUCAAAGCGGACGCAAAGGCGAUCCUUGCCAUACACGAACACGUGAUCACCAACAAUGGGCGAUUGUCGGUUACGCACAACGACUACAAUACCUGGACCCUGGUGAUACGAAACGUCAAAAUGGAGGACCGAGGAGUGUACAUGUGCCAGGUCAACACCGACCCGAUGAAAAUGCAGACUGCAUUUCUGGAAGUGGUGAUCCCACCGGACAUCGUCUACGAGGAAACUUCGGGCGACAUGAUGGUCCCGGAAGGUGGCUCUGCCAAAUUGGUCUGCAAGGCUCGGGGCUACCCGAAACCGAAGAUCACCUGGCGCCGAGAGGACGGCCGGGAAAUAAUCGCACGUAAUGGCACCCACGGGAAGAUGAAAGCUACCGUUGUGGAAGGUGAGAUGCUAUCACUUACCAAGGUGACACGCUCGGAGAUGGGUGCGUACAUGUGCAUCGCGUCCAACGGUGUUCCUCCGUCGGUGAGCAAACGGAUGAAGCUUCAAGUACAUUUUCAUCCACUAAUACAAGUGCCGAAUCAACUAGUGGGCGCUCCACUAGGAACCGAUGUCACACUCAUCUGUAACGUAGAAGCGUCCCCAAAGGCAAUCAACUACUGGCAGCGAGAAAUUGGCGAGAUGAUAAUCUCCAACGAGCGCUACUCGAUGACAGAAAACGAAAGCUCGAUGUACGCGGUGCAGAUGACGCUUGUGAUCCAGAAGCUACACAAGGCCGAUAUGGGCGGUUACAAGUGCAUUUCGAAGAACAGCAUCGGGGACGCCGAAGGGACAAUACGGUUGUACGAAAUGGAGCUCCAGAAAAAGACAAAAUCAGCACAUAGACUGAACAGUGUCGAAGAUACCUCUGUAAAUGAUGAAAUCAACUCAACGCCCAACAUUGACCAACCCGAGGAGAAUAAUAAAAUCCACAAAAACGGCCGCCUGUACAAGGGUUUGCAGAGCAGCGAGCACAACGUGAUGAGCUCGGGAGCAGUCGGCAGCAGAAGCAGUAGUAGUCAUCAACUCUUCCAUCCGUUCCAUCUGCACCAUCGGCCCCAUCAAUCAUCCGGCGGAUGGUCCGCCGGGGCAAAGCUGUUAAUUGUCCUGCUGGUGCACCUACGCCAACUGCUGAUCCGGCUACUAAAGCUGGCAUUCCGUAUGGUGCAGACUGGCUCUAGAUGCUGCUGCAGGAGGAUAAUCUUCCGAAGUUGGACGGACGAUUCGCCCUCGUUUCUGUUAUACUCGUCGUUGUGAUUUUUGCUGUUACUUCUGCUAGGUGUGCAUUUGAGCGUUGAAUAAAGGCUGCUAGUUAUUGGAAUAAUGUGGAUAAUGUAAGCAAGUUCUUCCUUCAAUCACCUUGAAAUAAGUAUCAUUGACAAGUUGACAGGUAUCGAACAAAGUGGUAAAAAAGCUGAACGAUAAAUCCAUUCCCUCACUAUCCUCGAUCGCACCGGCAACUGUCACCCAUAAACUCUUUCGCUGAUUGCUUCUUCGUACGGAAUGUGACACCCAGAUUAUUAGAGUACAGAGUGAAGUGCACCCCAUUUGUCUCGGUAUAUUUUAAGGAGUAAGUGCCAAAAUGAUACUGAAUAAGGCGACAGAUAAAAGGAAAUGCAGACGAAAAGGUGAGCCAAUAAAAAAAUACCUCAUCUGGCAAUCAGAUGAGCAAAUCUUAAAGUCAUACACACACGAGCAUAAAAGAAGCUAUAUUCAUAUUCAUAACCGAUGCAAAGUCGGAAACAAUAUAUGCGUUAUUUCAAAUGCAAAAAUAUGGAACAGAAUGAAAAAAUAAAAGUUUUUAUGACGGUAAAAAUGUGGCGCUUAUUGUUACGUCGUGGAAGGAUAGCAUUCAUGAUUGUGGUAAGGUAUCUCGUCUGAAGGAAACCAAAAAGGACGAAAAACACACUACGCUAUAUACAUAACGGUAGAUAAAACAAUAUUCAUAAAACACGAUCACUUUAGCCAAUUAACUGACGAUACAGCCACAUGGAUGCAAAGAAAAGAAACACUAUAAGAAACAUUUCAUGAACUCACACGAGCAUUAGCGACAAAUAUGGUGCAAA